CUGAAAACCUUUUUAAGAACUUUUUAUAUAUGCAUCUUUAGAAAACACCAUGUGCUGGUCCAUCAACCCAGGAACCGAUAUACUGAUCUAAAAAACUAGAAAAUCUAAAACUCCAAAGGAGUUUGAAAAAUAAAUUAAUAUACAUUCUACAAAGAACAAUUAAAAAAAGUAUCUUUAAUAGCGUAUGGCCUAAAGCAAGGUAACGCAGGUGGGCAAAUGGUUUGAAAAAAAAAAAAAUACAAUGCAAUACAGCUUGUAACAAUGAAUUCACAGCAACACGUUCUUUGUAAAACUGACGACCAACUCAAAGUCACAGUUUAUUUGGUUAAAAGGCAUCAUACAAAGGCACGAUGAUGACUUCAUAAAUCACACAAUCAUAAAUCACCUGCCGUUAAAUGUUUACUUCAUGAGCUGUGCCCUAGUUUUGCUUUAGAGCCUAUGGAAUGAACCUAGAGGUGAUUUUGAGAGGUUUGUCUCGCUUGUUCCAGUGAACCCUUACGAGUAAGAGAGUGGAAGACCAUAUCCCAGUGAGAUGGAGCCGAGUCCUGCACUGUGGCACACUCAGGUGGUCCCGCUGGAAACAGACCUGGAGAGGGUGAGCUUGCAUCCUGAGUGCUCCAUCUGCUUCAACAUCUAUGACAAUGUCUUCAAAACGCCAAAACAGUUGGACUGCACACACACCUUCUGCCUCGAGUGCCUUUCCCGCAUUAUGACCACCUCCAUGGACCCCCAAAACUCAAAAAUCUCCUGCCCCUUCUGCCGCCAUCCCACUACCAUCCCCAAAAAAGGCCCUCCGGCUUUGACCACCAGCCAGGAGGUGCUGUGUCGUCUGCCCGUCCACCAGCAGCAAGAGGAACCGGUGUGGCUGGACGGAGAGAGGCUGUGCUAUCAGCGGCCAAUAGACAUUCCAGGUGUGCCAGCGUUCUGCAUCUGUGUCAAUAUUGGGGCCAGUGGACAAAGCACUGUAUCUUCUUCCCAAACUCGACCACGACUUGGGCUUCUGGAACGACUGAUGGAUUCGAAGCGUUUAGUGAUAUUUAUAUUCCUCAUGGUGCUGCUGCUGGGGAUCGUUCUGUGGCCCCUGCAGUGCAUCGUCACGACGGGCUCCAUGCGUUGUGUGCCCCAGAACUUGCAGAUGUCUACUACCACACCUUCUAUUACCACAGUCAAUGUAUAAGAUAGACAUGUCUAGAUUGUUACUGGACUUGCUAAAUCAGGAUGACCGGUGUCAGUUUAAAGUACAUUCAUAACUCCUUGCAAAGCCUGCUGGGUGCUCAAGGGGUUAAGGCAAGCAGCAGGACAGCUGUAAAGACUCAAGAACUGUAUCGGAAUCAUUAUGUCACCUUACAGCACAUGUGAACAAGUGUGACAAAACUGAUCGACGGCUAAAUGUCUGCUUACAUUGAUCAAAACAACAUUUUUACAGAAUUCUUGGAGCAAUUUUGCAGGCAAAAAAGGUCCAUUGUCAGUAGUGUCAUGAUGUGAAAUGAAAGUCACAGCAGCUUUCUGUUGGUCAACAUGGCAAAUCUGCAUUACCAACAUGAACAUGAGCGAAAUCUGUUUUGAGAACCUUUUCCAGAUGAUCACACACAUUUCUAUUGAAAUUUGAGUUGACUUGAGAACAGUACAUUUAACUGCAGCUUAAUCCAAAGAAAGCAGAAUGUUUUUUUUUUUACUUGUACAUUCAUUUAUCUUUUUUUUAUUUGAUUGUAUUUCAUCCCAUGAAGUGUAUUUUGUUUACAAAAAAAAAGUGAACUGAUUCUGUAAACCACACAAGGAAGUUCAAGGAAUGGUGUCACGGAAUGUUUUUCAAUUUUAAUAGGUACAAUAAUGAUAAAACAGAUUCACGUGGCCCUAAUUUAUCACUUCCUGCUCUAGGAUGGUUAAACCAACACACCUCAAAGAAUAACCAUCUGAAACACAAGCCCUGCGGUGACUGGUCCUGUGUACACGCUCACACCCACGUAAACUGAUCCUCUGAGUGUGUUUUGUGGGGAUGAAUUAUCAGUUUCCUACUUCCAGGUGUUUUCUAUUCAAAUAAACUAAUGUUACGUCGUUCAUUAUUAAACCCUGAAGAGAGAAGGAAAUUAUGAAGCAGGAAGGAAAUAAGAAAUGGGUCAACAAUUGCUUGUUUGGAGCAAGGUGAAAUGAGUCAAAGACAAUUAGUUGAAAGUUCCCAGUGUAUGCUUUAUUAUGCAAUAACUAUUCCUGUAUUGUCAUUUGAAAUGCAAGUUUUUACACCAGUUGUGUCUUUCAGGGCAGAAGGCAUUUUAGGCUGAACCAGUGCAAGAGGGAACACAGUCUUUAUCACACAAGGACAAUCACCACGACACGAUUCAGAUCAAACCUACUGAUCAUCAACUGAGAUAAUAAAAAAACCCACCAACAUAGUAUUCAAGUAAAUUUAAAGAGAAUACUUUUUUUGUGUGUGUGAAAUUGUGAUAAUGCAAGCAGAAAGCUUUGUAACUGUUGAUGUUUUGUAUAACUGUAGUAGUAAUAACAAUGUUAACAUCAUCCUAAAAUAAUAUGCAAAACGGCUGUGAAUAUUUCCAUCACUGUAUUAACAAACAAAUAAAAUAUUUAAUUUACAACAAAUCAACUGACCACAGAAA